UAACGUCACCUCCUUCUCCUUCUUAUCCUCACUGUAAACAAUCUCCUCCACCCUCCGCUCGACAGAAAACCCACUCGCACCAUGUCGCCGCGGAGCCGCAAAUCAAGGCCGUGACACGCGCUCGCGCUGGACAGAAAUAAAACCACACCCCUAAAAAAAGAAAAAAGAAACCCCACUUCCUGAUGUUUGAUUUUUGAAACCGUCCGAUAUCAAAACACGGGGAGCCGCUGCCUCUCCCUCUCGCCGACGAUGCAAACGGUACAGCUCGCGCGCAGCUCUCGGGUGAAGCAGAAUCGACGACCGUCGUCAACUGGUUGGAACUUGUGCCAUUGAUUUCACAGCGGACGUUUGUUGUUGUUGUUAUUAUUGUUGUUACGUUUCUCAAACAGGACGAGGAGCACGUCGUUCGCUCAUGUGAACAGCUGUUAGCUCGUCAGUUAGCCGCCGCCGCUGCUGCUGUGGUUGUUGUUGUUGUUGUUGUUGUUGUUGUUGUUGACCCUCGUAAGUGGCGCAGGUGCGCUAGCACGCUUCAUAACCGGGUAAUAGCCCCUGAAUGGGGUGGAGCUGCCGUUAGUGCCGCGCGGAGGAUAACGUCAGGUACCAGUUCCGGUUCAGGGGAGACGGUGUCGGACAAAAUGGUGUUACGGAGCUGCUGGAAGUCUCGUCAUAAAAACAGACCCGGAACCGGACCCGGACCCGGACCCUCUGCCGCCGCUCGUGGGGUCCGAGCCGGAUCCGCAGCCCUGCUCUGGUUGUGCGUGACCCAGUUCGCGUGCGCCGGCGGGGAGCUCGCGGAGAUCACGAAGGUGGUCCAGAAAGAUGCCGAGUUCGACGUCACCUACAACGACACGGUCACGAGCGAGAACCAGACCAUCUAUGCGUUCAACCACACCGUCUCCAGGAACAGGACGGAGGGGGUGCGCGUGUCCGUGGACGUGUUGUCGCAGGGGUUCGAGAGUCCCAUCCUGUUUGUGGUGCGACAGAAGCAAGCGGUGCUGUCCUUUCAGAUCCCCCUCAUCUUGAGAGGCCUCUACCAGAGGAAGUACCCGUACAACCAUGUGGGCCGGACGUUGUGCCAGCCUCCGACCCGGGCCGCCUCGGAGACCCAGUACUUCUUCGUGGACGUGUCCACCUUGUCCAGCCAGGGGACGAACUACCAGCUCAGGGUCAGCCGCGUAGAGAGCUUCACCCUGCACACGGACAAGAAAUUCAGCUUCACGGCGUCGCCGUCCCAGCCUCAGUACUUCAAGUACGACUUCCCGGACGGGGUGGACACUGUGAUCGUCAAGGUCAACUCGGACGCGACCUUUCCCUGCUCUGUCAUGUCCAUCCAGGACAUCCAGUGCCCCGUCUACGACCUCGACAACAACGUGGCCUUCAUCGGGAUGUACCAGACUAUGACCAAAAAAGGCGCGAUCACCGUGCAGAGAAAAGAUUUCCCCAGCAACAGCUUCUACGUGGUGGUGGUGGUGAAGACGGAGGACGAGGCGUGCGGCGGCCCGCUGCGCUUCUACCCUCUCUGGCCGGACGAGCUCAUCAACGCCGGCAACCGCAGCAAGUUCAUCGACGUGAUCGUCACACCCGCGAUCAAAUCGGAGGUGUAUGUGAUGGGCAUGCUGUUCUGUCUGGGGAUCUUCCUCUCCUUCUACCUGCUCACCUUGCUCAUGACCUGCCUGGAGAACAAGCGAAUGAAGAAGAAGACAGAGGUGUUUCAGAUUCCUGCCGACAUGUCGCCCGCCGAGACAGCCUCUCUGCUCGGGAAGAACGGAGACGCCAAAACUCCAGCCUCGCCGUAUGAAUACGGCUCCUUUGCCGACAACUGCAGCACGCUGAGUUCAGAGGCCAUCACGGACAGCGCCACGUCCACUGACAACAACUACGGAUACGCCGGACAGGAGCCUUUCAAACGUCGGCCGAUCCUCAAUCGCCUUCAUCACAUAGCCAUCUGUAUUGAGCGAUCGCUGGACAGUGUCGGGCGAAGCCGGCACGAGUCUCUGAGCUCCGUGGAGGAGGACGACUACGACACGCUGGACGACAUCAACUCGGACAAAAACAUCGUCCGCACCAAGAAAUAUUUAUAUGUGGCCGACCUGUCCCGCAAAGACAAGCGGAUCCUCAGCAAGAAAUACCAAAUCUACUUCUGGAACAUCGCCACUAUCGCCGUGUUCUACGCGCUGCCGGUCGUCCAGCUUGUCAUCACCUAUCAGACGGUGGUCAACGUCACAGGAAACCAGGACAUCUGCUUCUACAACUUCCUGUGUGCCCACCCUCUGGGGGCCCUGAGUGCGUUCAACAACAUCCUCAGUAACCUCGGUUACGUGCUGCUGGGACUCCUCUUCCUCCUCAUCGUCCUCAAAAGAGAUAUCAUCCACCAGCGGGCGCUGGUCCGCAACGACUUCAACGCGCUGGAAUGUGGCAUCCCAAAGCACUUUGGGCUCUAUUACGCCAUGGGAACCGCCCUGAUGAUGGAGGGCUUGCUGAGCGCCUGCUACCACGUCUGUCCCAACUACACCAACUUCCAAUUCGACACCUCCUUCAUGUACAUGAUUGCGGGACUGUGCAUGUUGAAGUUGUACCAGAAGAGGCACCCCGACAUCAACGCGAGUGCUUACACUGCGUACGCCUGCCUGGCUGGGGUCAUCUUCUUUUCUGUGCUGGGAGUGGUUUUUGGGAAAGGAAACACCGUCUUCUGGAUCGUUUUCUCGGUGAUCCACAUUCUGGCCACGAUGCUCCUCAGCACGCAGCUCUACUACAUGGGCCGAUGGCGGCUGGACUCCGGGAUCCUGCGCAGGAUUCUGAACGUCAUCGACACGGACUGCAUCCGGCAGUGCAGCGGACCCAUGUACAUUGACCGGAUGGUUCUGCUCGUGAUGGGGAACAUCGUCAACUGGUCCCUAGCCGCCUACGGCCUCAUAGAGAGACCCAAUGACUUCGCUUCCUACCUGUUGGCCAUCGCCAUCUGCAACCUGCUGCUCUACUUCGCCUUCUACAUCAUCAUGAAGCUGCGGAGCGGUGAGAGAAUCCAGUGUAUGGCGUUGGUGUGUAUUCUGUUCACAGCCGUGGUGUGGGGCUUUGCACUGUAUUUCUUCUUCCAGGGUCUCAGCACCUGGCAGAAAACACCGGCGGAGUCUCGUGAGCACAACAGGGACUGCAUCCUGCUGUCGUUCUUCGACGACCACGACAUUUGGCACUUCCUCUCCUCCAUCGCCAUGUUCGGAUCCUUCCUGGUCCUCAUGACCAUGGACGACGACCUCGACGGCAUCCAGAGAGACAAGAUCUUCGCCUUCUAGACAUGCAAGAUCUCCCGUGGCGAGCUCGGCUCUUCCUCUCUGCCUUAUCGACCCUUGUCUUCACGUCUCCGUCCAUCUUCUAAACAAGCGCAGCCAGUAGCCUGUUUUUUUUUUUUUUUUCUCAGGCCAUACGGCGGGCACCUCUCUGCCCGUCGCAGCCAAUCGGUGGAGGAGCGGUAGCCCCUCCCCGCACCUGUACGGACACACACGCGUGCCAAUGAAGACGUCCUCUCGCUGCCAUCAUCAAUAUAACUGUUGUCAUAAGCUGGAGAUAACAACAUACACACAUGCGCUCAAUAAAUUAAAAAAAAUAUAUAAGAAUUAACUUAUUUUAUACUGUCUGCAUUUACAUUUGACCUGCAAGUCAGCAAUGCAUUUUGAAAUGUUUUUAUGCUGUUUAUAUGCUGUGUGUGUGUGUGUGUGUGUGUGUUUACAAACAUUAAUGUGAGAACAUGAAUUCUGUCCAGUGUGUCAGUGGCCUUUUACUGUUCUCAUCAUGUCACAUACUGUGCUCUGAUUGGUCAGAUCCUCGAGCUAGCCGUCCUUCUCAAUGGAGAAUAUUGUAUUAUAUUAUAAUGAUGAUGAUGAUGAUUGUAUUUACUUCGUCUGUCCUAGUCUGAACGCGAAGAUAAUUUCUGCACUCUACUGUAUGGGAAAAAAAAAAGUGUCUGAUUUUAAUGUCAAACAUUGCAAUGAGCGGUUGCUGAAUAAAAGGUCUUGUUUCUCA